GUGUGAUUCCAUUGAAAUUAUCUCAUAAGAUGUGACUUGAAUUUCAUUACGUUAAGAGGUGAAGAAGGCAUCUAUAUUUAUCAUACAUAUGACAUGAUGUAAUAUUAUCAGAUUUAAUUAACAUACGAUCAUUGUCUGUUAAUUAAAGUUUUAAGAGAACUUUGUCAUCUCAAUACUAAGCUGUUUAAGUAUUAUAAAGUAGCACAUUUGAAAUAGAGACUAGAGUUAAAAUGGCUGAACGGAGAAAUAGAAAAGUUGAUAGGGGAAUACCGAAAGAUUUAUUAGAUAUCUCUUUGAUGGUGAAUCGUCCUAGCAACGUAACUGAAUAUAAACGCGAGUGCCAGAGAGUAGAUGUUAAUGUGGAAGACCUUAGAGAAGUUUUUCAAAAAGGUGCGCAGAGAAAUGAAGAAAAGAGCCAGACUGAGACUUUAGUUAAAACUCAACGGAUUGUCAAGACUUAUCUCCCUGUUAAAACCAAGGAUGAUGUCACAAAGACAUGUGAUGUCAUAGAGACUUGUGAUGUCAUUGAGAGCGAGCUUAGAGCUAAAAAUAAUCGAGGAAUUUCAGUAUACCAGGAUGCUGCACCAAUUAAGGAAUCUAGUGCUCACCUGAGAAAAUGCCUACCUGACCUUGUCCAGUCAACCCAUGUAAGCAAACACAGCUAUGUUAAUUGGCUACCAGGUAGUAACUCAACUGGUAAAAAUAGCCAAGAUAGCCCACGUAAGAAUUAUGGAGCCUGGUCAACACAUUCCAGUAGAAGUGAAAGUAGCAGUGAUACGACAGAAGAACCAUGUAAUAGUGAGAGCCCAGUUGAAGUUAGGAGUAACGAGAGUUUGUAUGCCACACAGGGUAGCGCAGUUGGCCAUACAGGAAAUACUGGGCUGGUUUAUAGGACGCUACGUCGGGGAACUGUAGUUGAGGAGAAACCACAGACAUAUCAGCAUUUGAAGAAUCUGUUCGAACGUAAUCCUGAUAGCCGUGGGAAACCUCGAACACCAGGUGGCUCUGUAAAACAGAAAUCGAAACGCAAUUGUCACCCUGGCAUCACAGAUGUCUUUAAUCCAAAGGACGAGCCAUCUGAAUAUGGAUGCGCAAUAAACAAUAAGGAAAAUGAAGGAAAAACAAAAUGGCGGAUAGUACCUGCAAAACCAGAGACAUUUCAGCAGGAAAUCGAGGAAAUAUUUGGACCAUAUGAAAAUGAGGCUACAUCUGCACCAGCAGACGACACGUCUUUUCAAAUCAUCCCGGCAGUGAAUGGAAGAUCAGUUUGUGAUGAACUUGACGAUUUAUUUAAUAUAUCUACAAAUGGUUAUGAAAGCGAAACUGAAGAUUACAGUACUGAAAUAAAAGAUGGUGCUUACUUAGCACUAAUUCCUGACGACCUUGAAAAAGACCCAGCAUGCAACAGCGACGUGCAUAUUGGUCUAAAACCAAGUGAUAUUCUCAAGCAACAACGUUCUAAGCGAUCUUUGAGUGUAACAUCCGAGACUGACAGAUCAUCCUCUAAUGAUACAUAUUUCAAUGAGUCUGUCAAUCGCAAUAGUUUCUCUCUACAAAAUGAUCUUUCAAUUGAUGAACUAACCGUGAAUAAUUCCCUUGUACACACACCAAAUACACGCCCCAUCGAUAGCCAAUCAGAUACCACAUAUGCAAGAAGUAGGUAUUUCUCUGACAUUCCUGCUGCAAGGAAGGCAAAAUCGUACAAUGGGAAUGACUACGCUUCUUCAACAGUCAAUGUUUCGUCCGAUUCGUAUCACAAUGGUAAAUCCUCGUGGAAAAUUGUCACACCUCGCCAAAAGUCAAUCCGAGAUGAGAUCGAUGACAUUUUCAGAGGACUAGAUGAGAAUAGCACUGAAUAUUCAAAUUAUAAUCAGUCUAUUAAGUCAGUUCAAGAUCGUAUUGAGGACAUUUUCUCAGGCAGUCAACAAGUUGAAGAACCAUUCAGCGAAAUUGGAAAAAAUAAACAGAAUUACAAACGAAUCAGAUCACCACGACAGAAUACUCGUAAGGGUAUUACUAAUCUGAAAGAUUUAUUUGGUCCUGUUGCCAUAGAAACAACUUGUAGUAAUAAAGACAUCGAUGUGUUCAGUAGCCCUAUGACUGCACGUCGCUACAAAGCGAGGCACAACACGUACAUUAGUCUGAACAAUGGAGAUGUCAGCUCUCGUGCCAGCACCCCAGACAGAGCUGAAGAUUCUGAGACAUUGAACAUGAGGGUGGAGUUAAAAGAUGGGGACCUCCUCAGAGAGUACAGCUCCACUGAGUCUAUUUAUACCCACUUUAGACAUGAUGUAAGUACCCUUGACAACCAAAGUUACCAUGGUACCCAGCAGAGUUACCAUGGCAACCAGCAGAAUUGCCAUGGCAAGCAUAUGUCUAAGCGCCCUCUGAAGGGUAUUAUAGCAAAGUCCACACAAGGAGUGAUACAAAGGCCUGACCCCCCACACAAGAGGGUGCGUUUCAACCCAAAGCCGGAGGUUCAUCUUAUAAAGCCCAACCCCAAGCACACACAACACCAAAAUGUUGUAACUGGCUUAAAUGGC